CGACCACGACGAGAUGAUUCUACAGAGCCAUGGACUUCUGGUCCAGAUUAAUAGCCGGCACGUCUUUAGACAAAUCCGCCGCCAACAACACACACUUGCCUGAGAAACGCCUGGCGCGAUUCAAGAAGGAAUACAGUCAGCUUUUGCAAGAAUGGCGCAAUGCAUCCAACCUGGCAAAUGACUAUGAAGCGGCGGAAGAUAUUCGAUGCAGCAUCCAAGACCUCGCGAAUUUCCUCAGCGAUGAAUCGAGACGGCCACUCCCACAUCCAUGCAUCGCUUUUGCAGCCUCGAAGCAGAUCUACGUACCUAUAGGCAAGAUUGCUACGACCUCAUACAACGAAGGGAUCAUCAGAGAAGCCGUGGUUUUGUACGCGACGUUGAUUGAUAGCGAGGAAGAGGACUUUGUGGAAAAUGAGACGUUUUCGAAGAGCUUGAUGAAUUUGCUGGUGCGGAUUACUGGAGCGAAUAGCAUACGGCUGGGCUCGGAUACAGAGGUUGAAGUGGUGGAACUAUCAUUCAACAUCACUACCAAGAUCAGGCUUGAUCCCGAGAUUCUACCAGCCUGGUUUACAGCACGAGAACACGAGGAGUCAGAAGGAGGCCAAGAUGCACACGAAAAGUUCACGGGAAAGACGCACAAAGAGGACUUCCCAUUAUUCUAUCUUCUGAUCGACUACAUCCAUCAUGAUGGAAGGAUCGGAGAUUUCGCGAGGACGGGCUUGCUAUAUAUCAUCGAGGCCGCAUCGAACUCGGUGGCUCUAGAACAAUGGAUUGUUGAAAGUGACCUGGCAACUUUGAUGGCAACUGGACUCGGAGCGCUGUAUAGUCAGUUGAGCCGGAAGCUGGUGAUUGACCAUCCAUCUGACGAGCUUCCACCCAUUCUUGCACUCUCGGACUACCAACAUCCAAUCACGAAUUACGAAAUUGUCAGCUCGUCGUCUCCAGAUUUCCAAGCUCACAUGGAGACAUUCCUAUCACAUUUGGUAUUCUGGCAGGAUGUUUUGAACCACUGCAAAUCCGUCGAAGUCAAGUCAACGUUGUUGGAGCAUUUUCAGGUUAUCUUUCUCCAACAAUUGCUAUACCCCUCGCUGCUCGAAUCAUCAGACGUUGACGGCGGCUCAUCAGUAGCAGUCCUUACCUACCUCAGGCGGAUACUGGAAGCUCUCGAUCACCCAGACAUGAUUCACCUCAUUCUACACUAUCUCCUUGCUUUGCCAGACAGAACUCCAGCCCCGACUGGCUCACGAGCUUCUGUCAGCGCUGCCAGGAAGAGAAAAUCAAUGGAUCUGGCCACGAUGAUGCAAGGGUUUCAAGUUGAAGAUGCUACCACGCCGGCACUUUUCAAUCUUGUGGAUCUCAUCCAAGGAAGUUUGCGAUCGACAAGUGAACAAACUAUCUCAGUGACAUUGCAGCUUGUCUCUGUUAUUUUGAGGCGACAUCACCGAUAUGCCGUAACAACUCUCCUAUGGACAAGUCAGAUAUUCUCGGAUGGAUCGCCACGAACUGUCGGGGCUCACGAUCUGGAAAUGGACUUCCUGCUUGGCUUGGCAGGAAGCAUAGGAGGGGAAGAUAACUUUGAUGAGGUUUAUGAAAAUCACGUCAAAGACUGUAUGGGUAUACUGGAAAGCCAUCCGUGCUCAAUUACCCUUAUUGCACCAAAGUCAGCUGGUGGAACGACAAAAUUCGCUGGCUCACUGGCUUCGAUUCCCGGAGCUCCUCGAGAUAUUCGAUCGCACACCUUACGUCCUGAAGAUCCCAUGCUCAAAACUUUGCUUGGCAUAUUAGCAACAUUCUUCACGAAUUCAAUCGAGAUUAAUCUGUCACUCACAGGGGUAAUUGUUGAUUUAGCUAGCUGUGGAUUCAUGCGCAUAGACGGCUGGCUUCUUCCCAAUCCGACCGAAUAUACGUACGGCGAAGACGAAGCGGAGGCGGAGGAUCGAUAUUUCAUGGGCCUCGGUGAUCCCAUCGAUGUUCAAGAAAGGGCGCAGAUUCGAGAGCUAAAGAGAGCUCGACGAACCCCAAAAUGGGACGAGAACAGAAUCCCAGUUCUACUCAAGCAAUUGAAAAAGUUGGUAGAUCAAGUCUCAGCCUACCGAGCCGAGAUCCCACGCUUCGACGAACUCCUCCAACAACGCCGUGAAGCCUUCCAAGCGGCAACCUCCGCAACCUCAACACCAAUCCCCAUCCGUCAGGCACCCCCAGCCCGCUCCAGCUUCGAAUCCUCCUCCCGCUCCGUCUCCCCACCCCGCAUCUCAGCCCUCGACUCCCUCGCCCAACGCAUCUUCCCUGAACUCAACACGCCCUCGCGCUCCCACUCUCCACGAGGCCGACGAAGCCAAGAACGAAGCAGCGGCGGUGGUUUAAGCGGUGGCUACGGCCUCUCAACUCCAACGUCUCGCGCCGCAGUCCCUCCACCGCAAUUCCCAAUGGGUCUCGAAACCCCGUCUCGGGGAAGCUCGCGAGCUUUCUCUCCCUCCCCAUUACGAGACGCCGAAACGAUAUUAGGAAAGCAUGGCGUCCCUGCCUCUCAAGCUGCAGCCUUCGCAGCUGUCGAUCAAUCCAUCCUGGCUCGCAAAGUUGGACUCCCAGUCUUCAAAGGAGAGAUCAACCCUAUCCCGUUCCCGAAUCUGAGACCUGGCGAUAAUGGGAAUGGAAAGGAGGAGAGUAAUGGGGGGGCGGAAGAUGGGAGUCUCCAAGACGAAGGGGAAGGGAAUGCAGAGGGAGAGGUGGAAGAGGAGAAGAAAGUUAGUGUCAAUCAUGUGUUGACGAAUGUUAUUGUGUUGCAGGAGUUUUUGCUAGAGGUUGCUGCAUUGGUGCAGGUUAGAGCAGGAUUAUUUGGGGAGGUGAGGUAUGUUUAAACUUUUGAAUUUGGUGUAAUAAUAUGGGACGGGAGCCGAAACCCAGAACUGGGAAGUGGAACCUGGGAGAAGGGGAGCGUUAUGAGAUAUGAUGAGAUACCUUUUUGCAUGCUUAAAUUUGUGCCUGGUACACGAGGGUCAUUGAGAGAAUGUAAGGCCAAUUGGAGGUUUAUUGGUACUUUCGUUCAUUAUUUUGUUACACAAUUUCCAGAGCUCC